AAUUUCCACUUUCGAUCUUGUAUCAUCUACUUUUACUAAAAUGAGUCCAGAAUCUUGCUGUCCACUGGCAAAGGAUGCCAAUACAAAGAUCGCCUGCGAACUUGCAGCUGGAGAAGCCGCCAAGAAGGCCCAUGAAGGCUGUCCUGUCGCCGACAAAAGCUGUUGUCUCAAGAAAGAAGAAGUUAGUGAAACCUGCUGUCUGAAAAAGGAGGAAUCUUGCCCCGUAAAGGAGGGAACCUGCCCUGGAGCUGCCAAGACAGACGCACCUGAAGGAGACUCUGCCAAGGAAGCUGGCGCCGCAGGCCAAGACGAAGAAGCUUCCCCCGAAGAGGAAGUUGUUGAGGGCAACUGGAAGGCCAGGAAGGUUGAGGUUAGCGAGAUCAAGGUUGAGACUGGAGAAGAGGACGAGGACAUAUUCUGGACUCAGCGCUCCAAGCUUUACAGAUGGGCAACCGAUACCGAUGGUACAGGAGUAUGGAAAGAGAGAGGACUCGGUGACUCCAAGUUGCUCAAGCACAGGACUAGCGGAAAGAUUAGGUUCUUGUUGCGUCAGGAAAAGACAUUCAAGGUUGUUGCCAAUCACUAUGUGCUAGAGUCUGAUGGGUUGUGCAAGCUCACACCAAAUGUUGGAAGCGACAAGAUCUGGGUAUGGACUGCUCACAAUACUCUGGAAGAUGAAAACAAGGUUGAACAGUUGGCGUUGAAAUUCGCCACCUUGGACCAGGCAAAGACGUUUAAAGAAAAGUUUGAAGAAGCUGCAGCAGUGAAUAAGGAAUUAUUCAAGAAAUGAACACUAAUGUGCAGUAGGGUUUGGUGCUAGUAACAUGCGGAAUGCACUGGAUGCUAUCUAGGGGGGUUUUAAUGAGUAAAACGGGCACUUUGGUCUACAGUACAAUAUGAAAUCUAAAUCAUGUUGAUUUCACGAAUUUAGCCAUGGAAUCGUGCAUAUUCGCAAUGGGUCACAUAGCCUUUGUAAAAAAUUUUUUGGACUUGGC